AUGGUAGCCAAGGCUGUACCUUCUACGCCUAAUGGAACUCUGGCUAGACAUGGCGCCAUUCUGCUUGGGAACUGCGCGGAUGACAGACUUGAUUUCAUAGUCAAGGGAUUUGCCUCACAUGCCAUCGACAUCGUAGAGCGUGGUUGGGACCAAGUUGACGUCGAGAAGGACUCGGAAAGCCCCUACUUGGUUCUUGACAGUGCUGUCCAGCCACUACUCCUCGAGCCAUCACCACAACUUUUCAAGUCUAUCAAUACUCUUCUCGCCGCCAAACGCAGAGUAUUAUGGGUUGUUGUGCAAGACAAAGCCGAUCCGGCCGUCUCGGCGUACAUCGGGGUGGUCAACACGCUAAUCCGCGUUCUCCGCCGUGAGAGCGGUAACAAUGGCCUCAUCACGCUGGACGUCCGGUACCCGAUUCCAUGUCCAGAUGAGACGGCAAGACUCAUCGCCGAUGUGGCACAAAGAUGCUUUUGGCCGCCCGUCGAGACUCAGAAAUCUCUUGAGCCUGAGUUCGCCUACGAUAACGGUCGAGUUCUGAUACCUCGCGUAAAGCCGGAUGCCGAAUUCCUCAGGUGGGCGCGCAGUGGUACAACACCUGAUGCCGUAGUAGAGCCAGUUAACAUUCCCUACCAGGGCGACCGAGUCCUCAAGGCCGAGUUUGCGACGCCAGGCCUUCUAAGCUCCCUACACUUUGUGGACCAUAUUGACGACUCACACAAUCUCCCACAAACUCAGAUUGUGGUUGAAGCCCGAGCCCACGGCAUAAAUUACAAGGACGUCUGCGUGGCUCUCGGACAAUUGAGUCCUGGCACACAGAUGGUUGGAGAAUUCGCCGGCAUCGUGACAGUAGUGUCUGAAGAUAUGCUCGUUGUGCACAAAGUUGGCGAUCGAGUCAUGGGGUUCGGUGCGCAACCGUUCAGUAACCUGCCAGUCGCUCACGGAUUUCUCGCUCAUAAGAUCCCCGACUGGAUGUCUUCCACAACAGCAGCGUCUCUUCCGCAUGCAUUCGCUACCGCUUAUCACUGUAUCACAAAUAUCGCACGUCUCAAGAGUGGACAGUCGAUUCUCAUUCACGGUGCGUCAGGAGCCGUUGGCCAAGCCGCCAUUCAGCUUGCACAGCAUCUAGGAGCAACUGCCUUUUGUAGCGUGAGUACCGCUGCAAAGAAACAGCUCCUGGUCCAUGAGUACGGUAUUCCGGAUAGCCACAUAUUCUCUAGUCACGCUGGGUCGUUUAAGCAGGGUAUCAUGCGGCUCACCCACGGCGAAGGUGUGGAUCUAAUCCUCAACUCGUCAACAGGAGAGUCACUGAGAGAUAGUGUCGACUGCGUCAAGAGACUGGGAACAUUCGUCGAGCUGAGUAGGAGUGCAAUUCAACAAGGCUCCUUGUUGAAUAUGACCGCUUUCAGCAGGUCUAUCACCUUUGUUGCUUUUGAUAUGACGACCGUUUCGGCGCAGGAACCCGAAACAAUCCAUCGUGUUUUGGGAGACGUGGUCAAUUUAUUUGAGCGCAAGGUUCUGCGACCCAUUCAGCCCAUCACCAUUUACCCCAUCGACCAAAUCGAUGAAGCAUUCCGUUUCUUGAGCUCAAGAAAGCACACUGGCAAGGUCGUCCUCACCAUCGAACCCUCUUCCAGGGUCAACGGUCUUCCGCCUAAGCCCUUGCCGUUGCAACUACGUCAGAAUGGCAUAUAUGUCGUGGCUGGGGGCCUGGGUGAUCUUCCCUCCCGAAUUUGCAUUUUCUUGGCUGCACGUGGGGCCGGCCACAUUGUGUCUCUUUCUCGGCGCUCCAUUGAUGAUGAGACAAGGGAGAAGUACACAACGGCUGUUCAGAAACACGGAGGAGAGCUUCAUAUCCUCCAAUGCGAUAUUACGAACGACGAGAGCAUGGCGCGCGCCGCUUCUUACUGCUCGGCAUUACCUCCUGUCAGGGGCGUAGUCCACGGCGCUAUGAUACUCAAGGACCGGACUUUCUCCCAGAUGACCGUCGAGGAGUGGUCGAAACCGCUGUUGCACAAGGUCUUCGGUACCAUCAACCUCGACAAGUUUUUCGCUUCUCCGGAUUUGUCCUUCUUCAUAACGCUCUCGUCUAUUGUUGCUGUUGUUGGCAAGUCUGGUCAAUCCAACUAUGCCGCCGGGAAUGGUUUCCAGGACGCUUUUGCCCAUGCUCACGCGAACCAUCCUCAUACGAACUACGUGUCAGUCAAUAUCGGCGUCGUUUCGGUCGAUGCACACGGUGCCCUGAAGGAAUCGGAGAAGGGAGAUACCUCUAUCAGCAGCAUGAGAGCAGGUCUGCGCCAGAACAGUGUCAUGGACAUCUCUUUUGACGAAUUCUUCGCCGAUAUCGAGUACGCCAUGACGCAUCUUGCGAGAGAAAGCAAGCUCCAUCAAACGAUCCAAGGGGUUACCCACCAGUCCAUGCUCGAUGUUAACGACGAGCACCUCCUGGACAACCCCGUCUUCAGCCAGUUGACCCGUACUCAGGAGAAGCAGGCUACGGGCACCGCACGCGCGGACAAGAUCGAUUUCGGGAAGGCAUUGGGCAGUGUCAAGACGAUGGCAGAGGCCGAAACCCUCAUCCGCAACGCGACGUUGACCAAGUUCGCUGUCUUUCUCGACCGACCUAUUGAUGACAUCAAAGUUGACCAGUCGCUAUCCAGCAUUGGCCUCGACUCUCUUGUCAGUAUUGAGCUGAAGAAUUGGAUGGUGCGCACAUUCCAAGUCAAUCUUCAGACGUCCGAGCUAGGUGGCGGUGGCAGUAUUAUGGCUCUGACUGCAAUCGUUGCUUCACGAUCUAAGUUGAUACCUGAAGAGAUGCGUCGGAUGAGUCUGGCGAAGAGCGACGAGCUCUCAUUACAUACGUCACCUACGAUUGAGCUUGAGUCAAACAAAGAAACUGGUCACGGCUUUUACUGUUGCAGGAGCGUGAAGGAGCUCCCAAGAUAUCCGCUUGUCGACCUUGAUGAAGCAGUCGAGGACCUCCUUAACAACAUCGGUCACUUCUCCCUCAACCGAGAAGAGUAUUCUGAGCUUAGUCGCAAGGCUCAUGCUUUGGUUGGACCCAACAGUAUCGGUCGUAAGCUUUACAAUCAGCUGCGUAUCAAGGCCGAGGAUCCGACAGUCGAGAGUUGGAUCGCUGAGCCCUUGUUGAAGGCACUGCACAUCAAGCGUAGAUAUCCUUUGGCCCCAUACAGCAAUUUUCUCGGCACCCACUUUGAUAGCACCACCACGCACUCCCAAGCUGAGCGAGCGGCUGCGCUCACCAGGGCAGUAUGCGAGUUCAAACGUGAUCGCGACAACGGCAACCUGGAGCCUGACUACCUAGGGGAGAAGGCGAAUUGCGGUAAUUCCCUGUUGUGGUUGUUCAACGCCUUAAGGGAGCCAAAUCUAGGCUGCGAUAAGAUGUUGAAGUACCCGGGCAACGAGUACGUAGCUGUUCUUCGGAGAGGUCACCUCUUCAAAGUUGUCCUGCAGCAGGGAGAUGACAUCGUGUCGUAUCAACAUCUAAGGGCAGUAUUUGGGGCUAUCCUAGGCCUGACCCUUGAGGAGAAGAGAUGGACGGGCAUGCUGACCACGGAGAAUCGUGACAAAUGGGCUACGAAUCGACGGGAGUUGCUUUCGUACGACGAGAGAAAUACGUCAUAUUUCGACACGAUAGAGAAGUCCGUCUUUGUCCUAUGCCUGGAUGACAGCACCCCAGUGACGCGUGAGGAGCGCAUCCGCUAUGGAUAUCUCGGAGACUCCUUCAACCGUUGGCACGACAAGAGCUUCCAGAUCUUGGUCACUGCCAAUGGUCGCUCUGGAAGCAUAUUUGAGCAUUCAAUGAUUGACUUUAUGACAAUCUCGCAACUCUCUAAGCGCCUGCAGAAUGCGAUCGACACUCUUGGGCACGAUGACGACGAUAUGGACCAAAGGAGCCAGGGCAUUCACACCGCCAGCCUCGAGGAGAUCCCUCUUUUCACAACUGCAGAGAUCGAGGGCCAGAUCGAGACGCUCCGCGAGAAAUACUCAGCUGUCACGAGUGUGAAGCAAUACACACCACACCUCAUCACUUCUUUUGGAAAAUCGAUUUUCCUCGAACAUUCAGCACCUAUCAAAGCGACAGUCGACCUGACGAUUCAGCUGGCAAGCCGUCUGUACUUUGGCUAUCUCCCUGCUAGCUGGGAAACGGUUUCGACAGCGCAUUUCCACCUCGGCCGCCCGGAAAUUGUGCAGGUGGUUCUGAAAUCAGUCGUCGAAUUCUGCGAUGCUGCGUUGGACAGCACUGUGCCGCGCGCUGAGGCAAGGAACAAGCUGCUACAGGCGGCAAGAGAGUGCAAUGCGCAAAUUGUUAAAGGCAGUGAAGGCCGCAACUACUUCCGACUCAUGGACGUGCUUGAGAUGAUGAGUGAGGAGCAGGAGCCCAACGAUGUCCCAGAGCUCUUCUCUGAUCCAGUAUGGAAGAGGAGCGGUCCACGACUGAUCAUGCAGACGAUGAUCGAGACUAAGCUGGCUGAAGAUCCUGGUUACACGAUGGAGGACCCGGAUAAUGUGUGGAUGAAUUACACGGUGAACGAUGACUCGUAA